ACGUCCCGGCUCGGCUCGGCUCGGCACAUCCCGGCUGGUGUCGGCGCAGAGCGAGGGGGGAGGCGGGCGCUGUUCCUGGAAGAGCCCGGCCUGGGGAGUUGGUCACAUUCUUGGCCGGGAUUCAAUGACUGAGGCAGACACCAACAAACAGAGGGGGGGAGGCGCAGGGCGGGAGGCUGAGCCCGCCUGCAUUAGCUCAGCUCGCAGGCACUCUCAGUCACUGCUGGCGAGAGGAGCGGCGAGGAUGUGCGCGCUCUCCCCGCGGCUCCCCACGGCACGCCGACAGCACCGGCAGCACUAGGGGCAGGGAGGCGACCCCAGGGACGAGGAGCCGUCCCCGGCCGAGCAGAGGGACCCCGAGGGGCAGCGGAGCCGCUCAUCGCCCGUGCGGAGCCCCCGCGGCAGCGCCGGAGAGCGGGGCCUUUCCUCCUGCGUUGUUCUCGCGCAGACCGAGCCUUCUGCCGCCUCCUGCUUUCUGCUUUCCUCCCCCGCGCCUUCCUCCGGUGGAUAUGGACAGAAGGGGGAUCACUGCAGAGAAGCAGCAGCCGCCAGAACAUAUUUGAGCCCCGGGUGCUCGGAGCGUGGCACAGACUUUUUGUGUUUCCGUGGGUGGUGUGUGUGUGUGAGUGAGUGUGUGAGUGUCGGAGGUGUGGGAGGAGGGAUCGGUUUGCCUGGGGGCUGGCUGAGGGGGUGAGUGCUCGGAUGAAGACCUCUUUUUGCCGUGAUUCUCUGCUCCAUCGGGGCAGCUUGGAGACUUGGAGGGUUUGAAAUUGUAACGAACCAAGAGGAAAGAAAGAAGAGAGAGACACGCAUACAAAAGGAUUUAUUUCCUCUCCGUUAGUGGAUUGCUGAGUGGGAAGGAGAAAAAAAAAACAAGGGUGGGUUUGUUUUAUUUUGUUCAUAUUUUUUUCCUUAAAAAAAUCCCUUAAGUGGAUUUGUACCAGGGUGGAAGAUAACUGGGGAUUUUUGUUGUUUGUUUUGGGAAUAGAAACUAAAAAAUGGAGACUGUAAGUAGAAGCAGCUUCCAGCCUCAUCCAGGACUGCAGAAGACCUUGGAACAGUUUCAUCUGAGCUCUAUGAGCUCCCUGGGUGGCCCUGCUGCUUUCUCAGCACGAUGGGCACAGGAGAUGUACAAGAAAGACAAUGGCAAAGACCCCGCGGAACCUGUACUGCAUCUGCCCCCAAUCCAGCCUCCUCCGGUCAUGCCCGGUCCCUUCUUCAUGCCCUCGGACAGAUCCACAGAGAGGUGCGAGACCAUCCUGGAAGGGGAAACCAUCUCCUGCUUCGUGGUGGGUGGAGAGAAGCGGCUUUGCUUGCCCCAGAUCCUGAACUCGGUGCUCAGGGACUUCUCCCUGCAGCAGAUUAAUUCGGUGUGUGAUGAGCUGCAUAUUUACUGCUCCAGAUGCACUGCUGACCAGCUGGAAAUCCUCAAAGUCAUGGGCAUCCUGCCCUUCUCCGCUCCUUCCUGCGGGCUCAUCACGAAAACUGACGCUGAGAGGCUUUGUAACGCCUUGCUUUAUGGUGGCACCUAUCCUCCCCACUGCAAGAAGGAAUUCUCGAGCACAAUUGAGCUGGAGCUCACGGAGAAGAGCUUCAAGGUGUAUCAUGAGUGCUUUGGGAAGUGUAAGGGACUCCUGGUGCCAGAGCUUUACAGUAACCCCAGCGCAGCCUGCAUCCAGUGCUUGGACUGCAGGCUCAUGUACCCACCUCACAAAUUUGUGGUCCACUCUCACAAAUCUCUGGAAAACAGGACUUGCCACUGGGGCUUUGACUCUGCAAACUGGAGAUCCUAUAUCCUCCUCAGCCAGGAUUAUACUGGGAAAGAGGAGAAAGCUAGACUGGGCCAGCUCUUAGAUGAAAUGAAAGAAAAAUUUGACUAUAACAACAAAUACAAGAGGAAAGCCCCCCGGGUCUCUUCAGAUCCUCCUGCUUCCAAAAAGCCCAAAACAGAUGACUCUGCUUCCCAAUCUCCAGCUUCUUCUGAGAAGGAGAAACAGUCCAGUUGGUUACGGUCCUUAUCCAGUUCAUCCAACAAGAGCAUCGGGUGUGUGCACCCCCGGCAGCGGCUCUCGGCGUUCCGGCCCUGGUCCCCCGCGGUGUCGGCCGGCGAGAAGGAGCUCUCGGGCCACCUCCCCGCCCUCAUCCGGGACAGCUUCUACUCCUACAAGAGCUUCGAGAGCGCCGUGGCCCCCAACGUGGCCCUGGCCCCCCCAGCCCAGCAGAAGAUCGUGAGCAACCCCCCCUGUGCCACCGUGGUGUCCCGGGGCAGCGACUCCCUGAGCUCUGCCCAGCCCAGGAAAAGGAAACACGUGGAACACGUGGCUGCUCCCGAGGCCACGGCCCCGGCCCCCGAGGAGGACAAGGAGUCGGAAGCAGAAAUUGAAGUAGAAACCAGGGAAGAAUUCACCUCCUCCUUAUCCUCGCUCUCCUCCCCAUCCUUCACUUCAUCCAGCUCUGCCAAGGACAUGAGCUCCCCUGGGAUGCAGCCCCCCGUGCCCGUCAACAGCUCCUACGAGGUGGCAGCACACCCUGACUCCCACAGCAGCGGCUUGGAAGCUGAGCUGGAGCACCUCAGGCAGGCCCUGGACAGUGGCCUGGACACAAAAGAAGCCAAAGAGAAAUUCCUGCACGAGGUGGUGAAGAUGAGGGUGAAGCAGGAGGAGAAGCUGAACGCGGCCCUGCAGGCCAAGCGCAGCCUGCACCAGGAGCUGGAGUUCCUGAGGGUGGCCAAGAAGGAGAAGCUGCGGGAAGCCACCGAGGCCAAGCGCAACCUGCGGAAGGAGAUCGAGCGCCUGCGGGCGGAGAACGAGAAGAAGAUGAAGGAGGCGAACGAGUCGCGGGUGCGGCUGAAGCGGGAGCUGGAGCAGGCGCGGCAGAUCCGCGUGUGCGACAAGGGCUGCGAGGCAGGACGGCUCCGAGCCAAGUACUCGGCCCAGAUCGAGGACCUGCAGGUGAAGCUGCAGCACGCCGAGGCCGACCGGGAGCAGCUCCGCGCCGACCUCCUGCACGAGCGGGAGGCCCGGGAACACUUGGAGAAGGUGGUCAAGGAACUUCAGGAACAACUGUGGCCUAAGUCGAGCAGCCAGCCCAGCAGCGAGAGCACCUCGAGCCCCAUGGAGAACUGAGCCCCGAGCAGGGCAGGGCGGGAGCGGCGCCGCAGGGCGGGCGCGGGGGGUGUGAGGUGUCCUGGCACCGGCGGGAACACGGACUCGCAGCAGUUGGAAGGCAAACGUUGUUACCCUCUAGAACAGAAGCACUGAAUUCUGCCUCUUUUUUGUUUUUGUUUUUUUUUCUCCUUCCCGAUCCAUAUAGCACAACAUCUUACUGUGCCUAGAAAACACAAAGUGUUUGUAAAACAAAAUACUUUUAAGUCCACAGCGAGAAUUUUCUACUGGCGAACUCGGAGCAAGCGUCGUCGUCCAGCUGAACCCAGAGUCCAAGGCGAGCAGGGCAGGGGGGUUGUGUUCUCCUGCCCGUUGGAACAUUUUGGAAUUGACAAAGCAAACCAACUUUUCUUAUAAGCUAUUUAAAAUAAUUCAUUACACAGACUUGGUAUUAAAAAAAAAAAUUAACACGAUUUUUUUAUAAUGAACAUU